AUGGGCAAUGAUGAGAUGUUGAUGCACACCUUACUACACCGGCUUGCCUCGGCUUUCAAGAUCCGUGAUCUUGGUGAACCGGGUUUCUUUUUAGGGAUCGAGACCAUAUCAGUAACUGGCGGGAUGAUUUUGUCUCAGAGGCGAUACAUGACGGAUCUACUUAAUCGUGCCGGGAUGCUUGACUGUAAGCCGCUUACCACUCCAGCAGCUGUCACGGUGUCAGUGUCUUCAGAUGCCGCUCCCUACGCCAACCCCACUCAAUACAGACGCAUUGUGGGGGCACUCCAGUAUUUGACGAUUACGAGGCCAGACUUGUCCUACUCGGUAAAUCGUUUGUGUCAGUUUAUGCAUGCGCCGACAGACGACCACUGGGGUUUGGCUAAACGAGUGUUACGUUAUAUCAAGGGCACUCUAGACUACGGCUUACGUAUUUCUCCGUCCACGUCCACGACUAUCCAGGCGUUCUCCGACUCUGACUGGGCAGGUUGUCCGAUUGAACGAAAGAGCACAAGUGGUUAUGCUGUUUUUCUUGGGACUAACUUAAUUUCGUGGCUAUCCAGAAAGCAGCGUACGGUUGCACGUUCCUCCACCGAGGCAGAGUACAAAGCCCUAGCCGAUGUGUCCGCAGAAGUGACUUGGGUAGUUUCUUUACUGAAGGAGCUUGGACUGCAUUCCUCCCAUCCGGCCACUUUGUGGUGUGAUAACCUAGAAGCGACGUAUUUAUGUGCAAACCCUGUCUUCCAUGCGCGAACAAAGCAUGUCGAGAUUGACUAUCACUUUGUUCGGGACAAGGUUGCCUCCGGAGACUUUGUCGUUAAUUUUGUGUCAACCAAAGACCAGCUUGCAGACAUCUUCACCAAGCCGCUGACAGGACCACGCUUCAUAGAGCACAUUGGUCAAGAUGUGAAUGUUUUAGUUGAUAUCACUCUCAAUUUGGCAAUCCCAAAGAACAUUGAAGUAAGAAGGGCAACCACACUUAAAUCAAAAAGGUUAAAGGAAGAAGGGGAUCCCACCAAACAAAACAUUGAAGAAGCAGACGCAAGGUAA